AUGUCUAACAACAAGAUCGCGAAAGUCCCCUCGCGGCUUCCAGCUCCCGCGCUCUUCGUCGGGCCGCCUUCUCACAAUGCGUCUGCUACAUCUCUGCUUCCCGGCACAGGGGCAGAUAAACCCUCACGGGUGCCUCUGACCCGGCAACGCUCUUUGUUGUCGCCAGACGGAAAGCGACCGCCUCCGCCGCUCUCGUCUACCUCCGCCUACGACGGCGACCCUCUCAAACUCUCCUCGUCGAACCCCAAUGCGCCCUUUGUCCGCCAUCAGAGGCAACAGAACGAAGCUGCAGAUGCCGAAGCGUCAUCGCGCGCCGAGGCAAUAUGGGCAGAGAUGCAGAACACGCUUGAGGAGGUGGAGCUGAGCGCCAUUAAAGGACCAGGCAUGACCGUGUUCGGUAGCGAGCACAGCCGCGCUCUUGAAGAUCUCCGGAGAGCACAGAUAGACCUUGCGAAAGCGUGGGCGCGGUCUGAGGCCGAAGAGUUAGACCAGUCCUCCGAGGAUCGUAAGACCGCGGGCGUCACCAACACUGAUGUAGCUGACCUUCUCAACAUCCCCGAACGCUCCAUGGAGAAAUCCAAUCAGGGCUCACCGAAGGCGGGUAGCAAUUCUGGCGGCACAUUCGAGAAGAGCAAGCUCGAGGAAGAAACAGAGAAAGACAUUGAGCUCAGCAGGAAGAGGAGAGAGGCGAACGACCGGUACUUCGAGAAGGUGAAUCGAGGAGUGCUGGAGGUGGUCAACAAGCUUGAGGAGGUUGCGAAAGCGAUGAAGACCGUCGAAAGUGAGAGCAAGGAGAUCUGGAGCGACAAUCAGAGUGCGGAGACCGCAAGUACGACAGCGCCAAGCGUGACAUGA